AUGCCUCCUCAGGUGGCUCGAGGAAUUCAAGUCUAUGUGAAGGAGGCGGCACUACCGCACAGUCUACUGCGCUCACAGUUAAUUAAGCAUCUAGUAGGAAUGCGACAAAUACGACGUGAAAAUGUCAAUGCCUUUGCGGGAUGCUGCAUGACACCGGACUCCUUCAGUCUUGUUUUCGACUACUGCCAUCGUGGAAGCCUUCAGGACGUCAUUAACAACCGAAGCAUCACGUUCGACUGGGAUUUUAAGCUCUCUCUCAUGAAUGACAUGAUAAGGGGGAUGGAGUUCCUCCACAGCACAAGUCUCAAAGCUCACGGACGACUGAAGUCAACCAAUUGUGUUGUCACUUGUCGGUAUGCCCUGAAAAUCACAGACUACGGCAUCCCGAAAAUCCACAAUUUAACAGGCAGACAUCCUUCAGACAUUCUACAAGACAAAUUGUGGACAGCGCCUGAGCUGCUGCGCGAUGAGGAGGCAGGUGUGAUGGGAAGCAAGGCGGGUGAUGUCUAUGCUUUUGCCAUAAUACUGCACGAAGUCUUCUACCAGACCAAACCAUAUGGAGUGGAAUGGACAUCAGUGGAGGAGAUACUGGAGCGUGUGAUGGCCAUGGAGAAUCCGCCAUUUCGUCCAAAGGUGAUUGCUUUGACUCAGCGAAGAGCACACUUGCGUUGA